AUGACCAUGUCUCCUCAACUUUUCUUUUGCUUUAUUGUUGCUAAAAUUUCAAUUGAAUCUUCCCUAAAAAGAAGAAACGAAAGAAAAUAAUAAAUAACAAUACAAAUGAAAAAUAGUGGAAUAAGAAUGAAAAGAUAUUAUUAUAGCACCAUGAAUGGUGAAAAUAAUAAAAUUAACAAAAAAAAAAAAAAAGCAAAAAAAAACAAAAAAAAACAAUACUUUUUCACAGAGAUCACUUCUUUCGCUGAUAUUGAAGAGAAAACUAAAGUUGCUACCAAUGAAACUGACGAUAAAGACUCAGUAAGGAAAUGA